AUGUCGAAGAUCACGCACAUCAGCGGCAUGCCGCAGUGGAACAGCAUCCUGUCGUCCAACACGUACGUCGUGGCCGACUUCUACGCCGACUGGUGCGGGCCGUGCAAGGCGAUCGCGCCCGUCUUCGAACAGCUGGCGCAGCAGGAGGCCAAGCCCGGCCGCCUGUCGUUCGUCAAGGUCGACGUCGACGCCCAGCAGGGCGUUGCCGGCAAAUACGGCGUUUCUGCUAUGCCUACUUUCCUCGUCUUCAAGAACGGCUCCGUCACCGAGACCAUCCGCGGCGCCAACCCGGCCGCCCUGCGCGCUGCCGUCACCAAGGCUGCGGCCGACGCGGCGAAGGGCCCCGGGCGGGCCAGCACGGCUUUCCAGUCGAAGGGACACGUGCUCGGCAAUGCCGGUGGUGCAUCGUCGUCGUCUUCAGCUACGACGGGAGACUGGGCGUGGAACCUGACGCAGAGGCGCGGCGGCCUGUUGGACACGGUAGUGCGGUUCGUUGCGCUGUACGUCAUAACGCUGUUCUCGUUCGAUGCGUUUGCGGCGGCGAGGGAGAGCCCGUUCAAUGUGAACAAGAAGAACCAGUAG